AUGAAACUAAUGAAGUUUGAUAAAUAUGAUAAGCCUAUCCUUUAAUCUCAACAUGAAAUCAAAUUUGCAACUAAUAUUGUCAGAACUCCAAAGUCCAGUUAAUCUUAAACAUUAAUUACAUUGAAAUCAUCACCCAGUAAUUCAAAAAAAAGUAGUUUUCAUAGAUAAUCUACUCAUUUAAUUCAUCAUAAGAGUUAAUUUUCUUAAUCAUACAAAUCAACAAAUCAAAUACUUUCAUAAUAAAAUACAAUUUCAACUAUUUAAGAAUGCAUUUCAAUUAUUUCUGACUUAAAAUAAACUUCCUUUUUAUUAUUUCCUAAUAAAAAAUUAAGUUAAUAAACAUAAGAAAAAAUGGAUUAGAUUGCUAGUAUUAUUGAUUAAAUGGUACCAUAAGAUAAUCUAGAAGAAAAAAAAAGAUUAAAAAAUUAGAAUUAAGAGAAAAUAUAAUAAAUGAUGAAGCUCCUCAUGUAAGAAAAACAAUAAAAAUAUUAAGCAAUUAAAUCUGGUGAAAGUUUGAUCAAACAAUAAAAAGAAUAAAUUUCAUCCUUAGUAAAUAUAAAAUAAAUAUAUUUUUUAGAAAACCAGAAUAUCUUUACAUUUACCAAGUCUUGAUGAUAUAUGA